AUGUGGCGAGUAUUACACACGCUGUUGCUUUGCAGUGUCCUUACUGGGCCUGAAAUGCAAGUUUCGGCAGGUAUCUUACAGGAGACGGGUAUAUUCUCUACAACACCUACCGAUUCCAAAAACGGAUCCUUCAUAUUGCCGCGAGCGUCCGACCUCGUUUUCCUCGACCGUUCGAUAAUCAACAUAUCGGUGACAGCCGAUUUCGAUGUGGCCGUGAUAAUGAUGUUUCAGCGCGGCCAGAAAGGGGUCGAUAUGACGACAGGUAAUUGGGUUUACAUUUACCCACGUGCAGUGUCUUGGGCGCCUCUCAACAUCUCGUCUGAGGACCCGACGCUUCCCCAAGAGUACGUCUUCAUCUGCCUCGAUGCAAGAAGAUACGAGGAUGACAUCUAUUAUAAUUACACCCAUCCGGAGUCAUUUUGGAGUCCAGUGUUCAAGAUUACGAAUGAUACAGCGGCAGUCUUGGAACAAUCCGUCUCGGUUUCAUCAUCAUCUCCGACUUCCACUCCUUCACAUACAGCACCGGAGUCUACAAGCACACGCGCAUCCGACGGCGAUUCCUCAUCCGCCAAUAUUGCUCCCGUCCCAAAAGGUGGUCUUAGCUCCACUGCCAAACGUGAUAUCGCAUUGGCCGUAUCACUCACCCUCAGCGGCGCCGCAAUGUUCGGAGUGGUGCUUUUCUUACUCCGUCGGAGACACCAGAAACAAAAAGCUGCCAAGCUCUCGCCUGCAACUUCUGUGCCAAGUGAACAACCACCUGUCGCAGAAUCGCAUUCAUAUCAAGCGGUGCCGGGGCAAACGCAGGAGAGCAAACACACGUCGGAAAUGCCGUCAGAACUAUCCGCAGAAGGGAGGGUGCCGCGUGUGGAGGAUCUGGAUGAGUUGGUCACGGGGAGGAGGAAAUGA